CAGUUUUAAAGAUGACGGUGCACAAAUUGUAUACAUCCAAGUAAAUCACCAACUCUGUGCUUGAAUUUGCAAUGGUCAACUUAGUUUUUACCAAAGUGUCAACAGACUUUUGUAACACGAGUUUCGAUUGAUAAAAAUGCAGCGGUGACCCUGUGCCAGUGGCGACAGCUGCUGUGAGUUAAAAAAAAAAAAAAAAAAAAAAAAAAAAAAAAGUAGCGAAACGACGAGACAUGCACUACAUACAUCGAACGAGGCUCCAAAAAUCAUCAUGCACGCGCACACCCACUACAUGCCCAAGUCUAACGAACUUCAGUGUGUUAGAAGGAAGAUAUGCACGCGAUUCAUGUGAUAAGGACAAAUGACUUUUUUCUUGCCAAUGUUGCAAUUGUUUAAAGUAACACAAGGAAAAGUGGAAUUAAGACACAAGUUACGAAGAAAAAAGAAGAAAAGUUGGUGAUGUUUACGGUGGUCCAUCUAGACAGAGCACAAGCCAUUGAAAACAGAAAGAAACGUACAAAGUGUCCAUGUAGCCAUGUGAAUUUAGAUUUUUCAUGUCACGGAUAGCGGAGGGACGAAAAAAAUAACACGGUGAGUGGCUCAUUAGUUCUCAACUUCAGUUGUUAUCUGUGUCAUUUUCGGUGAUACUAAUCACAGUGCGACGACAUCGGGAAAAAUGUUCAAAGCCAGGGAGCACCGAUUGUCUCGACUGAUAAUCUUUUUUUCCUAAGUGUCGUAGCCACGGCAGCCACGGUAAUUAAUAAUAGAUAAAGACAGUUAUUUUUCACGAGAAUGAAGAAAAGUGGGGUAUCGCUGUCUAGCGCUAUUAUUUAUAUAUUAUCGUCGUAUGUGUGCGCACAUGUCCGAGGGAAAGGAAAGAAAGAGAGACAGUAUUGUACCACGAAAAGUUCGGGGAGUUACGCUUUGUUCGAUUAACGAUAAGAGGUUGAAUAAAAGUCGGUUGCAACUGAAGUUACUGCUGAUUUGAUUGACCAGUGUCAAGAAGCAAUUCACCUUGACAUCGGUGCUCCUGAAAAAUUGGAUUUCGACUAGAGCCGGGCUUACCAAUUUUUGUUUCACUUUUUAAAUUUUGUGCCAAAGUUGCGGAUCUCUGGCUGUUUGCUCUGUAAACAUGGUAGACGUUUUUCUCUGCUCCUGUACCACUGUCGUAUUGCUUCUACUGGUAUCUACGAAAAUUCUUUGUGGUGAAUCGGCUCAAGUCCCUGAUAUCAAUGAUAAUCCUUACGUCGAGGAAAAUAAAUUACAUUUUCUUGAUGAGCGUGACUUUAGAAACUAUUCAAAACGUCACGAGGAAUACCGAAGAGCUGAUUAUCCGUUCAAAAAAAUUGCGGAAAUUAUGAAAGCAUUGGAAAAAAAUUCUAUAAAUUCAAUAAAACCAAUCAGAAAAGAUUCACCGAGUACAAAUAACAUAGCAAAGGCUGACAUGAAAUAUCCCACUUCCAAGGCAUCUAGGACGCGUAUGUCAAGCUUACACCGAAUAGGCGACACUAAGUGCAUAGAAGAUCAAUAUGAACUUUUUUUAAUCAGAGGAAAAGACAUUUAUGGAAAAGACUACUAUAUUGUUAACGUAGAGGGUCAUCAGCAAAAAAUGAAUUACAUUUUCUGCCGCAAUAAAGGUGAUAAAUGUGGGGAUAAAAGUAGAACUCCAGAAAAUUACGAUGAUUUUUGCGAUGAAGCCUAUACCACAAUUGAAUUGAUGGCAUUUCUUACAACUGAGGAAAUAACGCCGAAAGCUGUGAGUAGAAGACCUUUCAACAUACCGAUUGGCUGCAAUUGCUGGUCAAAACGAAGACACGAGGACGUGUGAAUAUUUCCAAGUGAAUGAAAACGAAAAACUCUAGACGUUUAUUAUAAAAACACUGAAGAGAUCACUGUCAAAUAUUUAUAUCCUGUUGGAAGCGUUGGAUAUCUGUAGGAAUUAAAAAAAUUUGUAGCCUUUGGUGUGAGUGCAAUGUUUAUUUUUGCGAAUGUUGAAUUUUACACAAUUUAAACUUAAUUCAACACUUAGCGAUUUAAUUUAUAAAUAUGUUAUGGUGUUAAUGUUUAUCAACAUUAGUCAUAGAACAUUAAUUGUAUGUACAUAGUAUAGUACACACUACCCUUACAAGGGUGACAUUAUGAAAGUUGGCAACUUUGAAUGGUUAUACUGUAUUUUAUUUAAUUAUGUCCUUUAUAGUAACUUACUUUCUUGUAUACUUAACGGGUGUCUAGAGAAAUUAGAAGUAAAACAAAGUAACAUUGAAAGUAAGUACAAGUAGGAAUUAACUUAUCAAAUUGACCUCGUUUACAAUAAACUGAUAUGAUAAAAUCUAAGACAAAGAAGUUUUUUUGCUAUCAUUUGCAUCAAAUAAAAAAAAAAAUGCUCUUUUCUGAAGAAAA